AUGACUGACUUUGAGACGAGUAAUUGUGACUGCAACGAUUUCGAUGAUAAAAUUAACUUACGAAUGGUACAUGAAAAUAAGCUAAUAGAGAUGGAAUUUAUAUUGGCAAUUGCCUACGAAAAGUUGGCCAUAUUCAACGAUAAAAUUAAGGACAAAAACGAGAUAAUUGAGGCCUUAAAAAUGUCUAACAACGUUUAUAAAUCAGAUUAUAAGGAUAGAUUGGAUGCUCAGGCAAGCAUAAUUAAAAAAAUAGAGGAGGAAUUGUCAACCUUAGGAAAAGAAAAGUUAAACUCUAGCCAAGAUCUUGAAACAAACAGCAAUAAAUCAAAGCUAAGAUCAACAAUUUUUUUUCUUAAAGAAAGCGAAAAGAAAAAAAAGUUACUUAUUUCUUCCCUCGAAGCUCAGAUUAAUGAGAAGACUAAAACAGAAAGAGACAACUCACAACUUAUUAAGUCCUUAAAGUCUCAGACAGGCGACAAUGAUGAAAAGCUAAAGGACAAACAAGAUCUUAAAGCAACACUCUAAGCUCGUUUGAAAGAAAGCGAUAGGAAAAAUAGAAACGAACAUAUAAUCCAAUCUCUAAGCGUUCAAAUUUGUGGGAUAAUUUCUGAAGAGAAAGAAUAUAAAUCUCUUAUAGCAUCCCUCAAAAAUCAGAUAGGCCAAAAAAGCGAAACACUGGAAAAAAAUAAAGGGGUAAUAUUUUCACUUAAGGCUCAAAUAAAGGAUAAAGAUAAAAUAAAUAGUGAAGACCUAAAAGUAAUAGCAAAUCAUAAGGCGGAGAUUAAAGAAAAAGAUCACCAAAUCUUUUAUUUGGAACUGGGUCUAAACCAGUUGCUACCUUAUGGUUAAACUGAACUGAAACCUAAUCAGGAAAGACUGAAAGAAACCCAUAAUAUUAUAUCAUCAGAGGGCCAAAACGAACAAUAAAUUUCCAACGCUUUGUGA